AUGUUUGGCAGCAACUCCAACUCAGCCGGCAACAAAUCUGAGACCGAUUCAAAAUCCGACAAAUCCUCCCCCGAAACCAGCCCGGGCCCCAGCGCAGCCACUCCCAUCAAGACGGCAGACAAGACGGUGGAUAAGGCAGGGAGCGUGGAGAAGCGCAGUGGAAAUGGUAGCCCGCCAACUCGCCAGGAUACCGGCGGUUCCACGGAUAAGAAGCGCAGGAGUAGCAGCGUUAGCAGCAAGGCUAGCAGCCUGCUUGCCUCGGCCAAGAACUCGCUGAGCUUCUCUCAGGGUAGCCGUGCGCCAGCUGUCGAGAUGACUACGCAGUCGCCCCUACAGAGAUUGGGCAAGCAGGACCCCGCCCUCGCAGUUCCGCAGGGCCAGCAUAACAACUCGGCCGGAGAGUCGGUAGCGGGCCCAAAGUCCACAUUCCAUGUCGGCGUUUGGGAAGAUAGAAACAAGAAAUGCCGUCGGACUAUGGAGGACACCCACGCCUUUUUAUACAACUUCAUCCAGACCCCGACCUUGGCCGAUGCUUCCGGCAAGGACACGUCCGAGGGAGAUGAUUCUGAGUCGGCAGUCCAGGACAUUGUCGAAUCAGACAAUGGCUACUUUGCCAUCUUUGACGGACACGCCGGCACCUUUGCCGCAGACUGGUGCGGAAAGAAGCUACAUAUCAUCCUGGAGGAGCUCAUACGCAAGAACCCCAACGCUCAGAUUCCUGAGGUUCUGGACCUGGCUUUUACGACCGCCGACUCCCAGCUGGAGAAACUGCCCUUGAAAAACAGCGGUUGCACGGCUGCCGUGGCCGUGUUACGUUGGGAAGACCGGGUUUCUAAUGAUCGGUCAAAUCUUAAUGCUGCUGCGUCGGCUACUCUCAAGCCCACCAAGUCAGAUGAUCCGUCUCAGUCAGACAAGGAUAAGUCGAAGGAUGCGACGCCUUCUGCGAACGAAGUCAAAAACCCCGUCGAGGGCAGCAGUACGAAGGUCAAGGGAGCCGUCAACCGCCAGCGUCUUCUUUACACUGCCAACGUGGGUGAUGCCCGCAUCAUCCUGUGCCGAGCUGGAAAGGCUCUGCGACUGUCGUAUGACCACAAGGGAAGCGACGAGGUUGAGGGCAAGCGGAUCGCCAAUGCGGGUGGGCUGAUCCUAAACAACCGCGUCAAUGGUGUCCUGGCUGUCACCAGAGCGCUUGGUGAUGCCUAUAUGAAGAAGCUUGUAACUGGCCACCCUUAUACGACCGAGACGGUGAUCCAGGCCGACAGUGAUGAGUUUAUUAUCAUCGCGUGUGAUGGCUUGUGGGAUGUUUGUACCGAUCAAGAGGCAGUGGAUCUGGUCCGAAACACCGAGGACCCUAUUGCAGCUUCGAAGAUGCUUGUGGACCAUGCGCUCAACCGGUUCAGCACGGACAAUUUGUCGUGUAUGAUUGUCCGACUGGAUCAUGUCCAGGGCAAGGAUGACGGGGAUAGUGGCCGUGAGGCAGACAAGAUUGUCAACGACGUCACAAAAAAGGCUACAGAUGGUAGCGCCCCUGCCGGUGGCGUGUCCGAAGGGGAGUUUGUACCAACAUCUCUGGACAAAGCUGUGGUGGAAGAAGAACCUGACCCUAUUGAGGAAAAGGAUAGUACGGAAAAUGCUACGGGUGCUCAGAAACCAGCUGAGGAGGUCGAGAAGAAGUCGACCGAGAAGGCGCAGUAG